AUGAGCGAGGAUACUAUUUCUGUCCCGGCCCAGUGGCGAGCGCAGCACCCUACAACGCCGCACAUCGUGAGCUUGCUCGAUUACCAUGCACUUUACAACGAAUCAAUUCAAAACCCCUCCGCCUUCUGGUCAAAACAGGCCAAGGAAUUACUUUCUUUUACGCGGGACUUUCAUACCACCAAUACGGGCUCCCUGGAGAAUGGAGACAACGCGUGGUUCGUGGGGGGAGGGCUGAACGCGUGCUUUAACUGUGUGGACCGACACGCAAUCCAAGAUCCGCACCGUGCUGCCAUCAUAUACGAGCCCGACAAUCCCGCCGAUGAAAGCCGAGUCAUUACAUACAGUGAACUGCUUCGACAUGUCUCGCAGCUAGUGGGAUUCCUUCGUGAACGAGGAGUAAGAAAGGGAAACAUCGUUACCAUUUACAUGCCGAUGAUUCCAGAGGCAGUCGUUGCAGUUCUUGCGUGUGCCAGAAUUGGGGCAAUUCAUUCUGUUGUUUUCGCCGGCUUCUCAGCCGAGGCUCUUCGUGAUCGCAUCCAGGAUGCAAAGUCCACUGUCGUGAUUACUACUGAUGAGGGCCGUCGGGGUGGAAAGACCAUCUCGACGAAGCGUGUUGUGGAUGAAGCAGCUCGGGAAUGUCCUGAGAUCACAACAUUGUUAGUCUAUAAGCGAACAGGGGCCGACAUUCCCUGGAUGGCGGGAAGAGACGUCUGGUGGGAUGAGGAGUUGAAGCGUUAUCCCGCGUACACCCCCCGGAAGUCAUGGAUUCAGAGGACUACCUGUUCUUACUUUACACAUCCGGAUCGACUGGAAAGCCGAAAGGACACAGCCGGAUAUCUUCUAGGCGCAGCAGUUACAGGCAAGUACGUUUUUGAUAUCCACCCAGAAGAUCGCUUUUUCUGCAGCGGUGAUAUUGGCUGGAUCACUGGACACACCUACGUGGUUUACGCUCCACUUGCACUAGGUUGCACGACUGUAAUCUUUGAAGGAACACCAACCUAUCCCAGUCACACUCGAUUUUGGGAGAUCAUUCAGAGACAUGCCUGUACACACUUUUACGGCGCUCCAACUGCCUUCCGACUAUUGAAAAGGUCCAUUGAAAAGAAAGACCUCCAGAACAUUGAUAACAGCCAAUUACGUGUACUUGGCUCGGUAGGGGAGCCCAUUGCCCCCGAGAUUUGGAAGUGGUACUAUGAAUUCAUGGGAAAUGAGAAUGCAGCGGUAACCGACACCUAUUGGCAGACAGAGACUGGCUCACACAUCAUUGCUGCCUAUGCAGGGGUUACGCCAAUGAAACCGGGAAGUGCAACUCUGCCAUGCCUCGGUAUUGAUCUUGCCAUCAUUGACCCAGUGAGUGACGAAGAGUUAAAAGGCAAUUUGGUCGAGGGCGUGCUGGCUAUCAAACAGCCAUGGCCUUCGAUGGCACGUACCAUACGUGGAAAUCACGAUCGUUACAUGGACAGUUAUUUCAAUGUCUACAAAGGCUACUACUUCACUGGCGACGGGGCCUUCCGCGAUCAAGACGGGUACUAUUGGAUUCGAGGGAGAGUGGAUGACGUGAUAAAUGUUUCUGGUCACCGGCUCUCGACUUCAGAGAUCGAAAGUGCCCUUAUUGAGCACGCGAGUGUUGCCGAAGCCGCGGUUAUUGGUGUGCCAGAUGAACUGACUGGUCAAGCGAUUAAUGCAAUUGUUUCUCUGAAGAAUAAUCACAUGACCGAGACAAUUGAAAGGGAUUUGGUUGUUCAGAUACGCACGACAAUUGGGCCAUUCGCUGCCCCAAAGAAGGUCUUGGUCGUCCAGGAUCUUCCCAAAACCAGAAGUGGGAAGAUUGUCCGGCGUAUCUUAAGGAAAAUGCUGACUGGUGAAACUGAAUUCGGUGAUACUUCUACGGCAACCGACCCUAGUGUCUUGGGUGAAAUCCUGAAGGUCAUCUCAUGUGUCUAG